AUGCGUGUCAUAAUUUCCCCCAAAACGUCCCCCAACUCCUUCAUCCAGCAAUCUGGGGUGACUGUCGACCCAGACCUGCCGAUCAGCUUUGCCUUCGGGCUAGUCUGCCAGGAUAGAGGUUGGAAGAUUGGCUCCAAGCGCUGGAGGAAAGCAUGGAAUGCAUGCAUGAAUGCUGAAUACAACCGUUUGAUCGGCUCGCGCUUGAAUAGCCUGGAAACUUGGCGAGAACUUUGUGCCAAGGUUGGCAUCACCGAGGUUUUUCCCUCGAUCACCAAGUGCAAGAAGGCCCUGGCAAAGGUCAACGUCAACAUUGUCGACUUGCUUGACUGCUGGGACACCCCAAACCUCCCUAAGCAGUUCAAGAGCCGCCAUGCACUCUCCAAAUACACGCGGGACAACCACAAAUUCUUUGGCCGAGCGAUUGCAAAGCAGGACAAGGCCCUGAAAGCCUUGCUUCGACAGCUUGUCUAA